CUUGCUUACAAUGGCAGUUAACAGCCACUGACUGAAGACCACCGGAAUCUAGUGGACUCCAAGUCGGAAUCCAAUCGGCGGUCAUCGGAAUCCCUUCCCGGUGGUUGGGCAUCCUUUUUUUAAUAAAGAAAUAAUUGCGUUUCUUAUAAAUUUGUUUUUUUAAUUUUAUGUAUUUUAUAAAUUUGUAUUCUUAUAAUAAGUCUUAUCUUAUUAAUUAUUAUUAAAACACUAUUUGGUUAGAGGAUAAAGCAGAUUAAUUCUUGUAAAUAAAUUUAAGAAUGAACGUAAAACGGAGUGGUUUCGUCUUCUUUCCUUCGAGUAAAAAUAGCCGUCGCCGCCACUGCCACUGGGGGCACAGAAAGACUCCCCGGGAAGCUUUCCCUUCGACUUCACCAAACCUAAAUCUGAAGCCUUUGAAAACUGUAAGAUAUUCGAAGAAGGUGGCAAUUUCUGAAUAGCUUAUAUAACUUGUUUUGAGUAAUCGAAGUGUUUCCUUGAAGGUGCGUUAUAGCUUCUGUAAUAAACUAGUUUUUCCCAGGCCAUGCGUAAGAUUUAAAUUCUUGAAUGGGUGAAGUUAUUCUAGGGAUGCCAGGGCCAUGGGCUGAUGAUCAUUGUGAACCAUCUGAUCAUUAUACAUCAAAAAUUGGAGGACUGCCUGACUGGCCUCUUCAAGAAGAGGCUAUAAGACCCAGCCUGCUUGAGUGUGGUGCAUGUGGUAGUAAACUCUGUCUUAUUGCACAGGUUUAUGCCCCAAUUUCAUGUAAGAGUCUAGAGAUCGAAGAUCGUGUUCUUUUUGUUUUUGGUUGUGUGAUACCGAAAUGUGGGAGCAAUCCCCUUAGUUGGCGAGCUCUUCGUGUUCAGAGGUUACCUAAUGUAGAUAAACCACAAACUGCCUCUGUGGAUGUGGCCUCUUCACCUGGACCCUCUGUGUUAUCACCGAAUACCAGCUGGUGGGAGGGUUUUGAUGAUAAAACUGGUGAUGACAUGGAUCUGGAGGAAUUGGGUAAAGCACUCUCCGAAGCUGCAACCUUUGCUUCUCAAUGUUCUCAUUCCAAGAAGCCACAGAGAAAUCACCAUUCUGAGACUUUCAUGACACCAGCAUCUGCAAGCACAAGAACAAGACUGACAGAUGCCAACACAUCAGUGGUGCCUUGCUUUUAUAUUUAUUCUCAGAAAGAGCCAUCCUCAAGGGAUCUUACUUCAAUUUGCUCAAAUUACUCGUCACUUUCCAUUAAGGAGAAUGGUAGUGAUGCUGAGGGUCAUGUACCAGGAGAAACUUGGGCAGAGGAACAUUAUGAACAUGAUAAAGCAUUGACGGCUGAUAGGACUUACCUUAAAUUCAAGCGUCAACUGGAUGCAUUUCCAGAGCAAUGUUUCAGAUAUUCAUAUGGUGGGAAACCACUUCUGGCUACAGCAGAUGAAGGAGACCCUGGGAGGUGCAGGCUAUGUGGUGAAUCAAGGCUCUUUGAAAUGCAGCUAAUGCCACCAUUAUUGUACUUUCUACAUGAAGCGGUUGAUGAUCAUCAACGAGUUUUGUUGGAGAAUUGGGACUGGAUGACGCUCAUUGUAUACACUUGUUCCAAGAACUGUUCUCAAUCGUUUGAUCAAGAAAAAUUCAACUCUGGAGGCUGGACUGUGGCAGAAGAAGCUGUUGUGGUACAAUGUGAGAAACCCUUGGAUGAGUCUGCUCGACUUAGCUAUUUCUCGUGAUCUGUAAUAUCAGUUUGCAGAAUUAGCAAAAACCUACCUCUCGUAGUAAAUCUUAUACACUGUCUGUGAACUGCUCAUAUAUUCAGAAUCAUGGAGGAGAUCUUAACAUUGCUGCUGAUGGGGUUAUUCUAUAGUAGUUUCAUUACAGAAAUGAAGGAACUUCUUAUGUAUUGAUUAA